AUGCCUGGUGGGUUUGCGUGCGCCUGUGCUGCAUGGGCGGGGCCUGUGCUGCUGUGUGUUGGGUGUGCAGGCGGCUGGGCCUGGAGGGGAAAGGUGCGAAGGGCAAAGGGACGCAACAAGCGCAGCACCAGCAUGUUGCACGGGGUGCAAGCAGACGAGGGGGAAGGCUGCAGCCAUGAGCCGAGCCAAGCGCAGCAGAACAGAAAAGCGCGGGCCAAUGUCAUGGGACUCAUGGAGGACACCGACCAAUCACAGCGGCGAGAACGCGUGUUGGGGCACAGCGGCACAGCGACAGAAACAACGUGGGCAGUGGCCGCUGAACCGCAGAGCGUGGCGACCAACAGCGAACAGUGCCGCGACCAACAGCACAGCAGCAACAGUGACGGCGGCGGGACGCGCUGGGGCCAUGUUGCACAGAGAAUGCCGAUUGCGCAGAGAGCAAACAUGGGCAGCAAGCACAUGGGAGAUGCGAUACAGCUGGCAGCACCACAGGACAACGGCACAGCACAACCACAGCGCCGCAGCACAGCACGACCGCACGACAACACAGCAUGA